CCAUUGUGCAGGUGUUCAGGACGCGGCCGAGCAGUCGCCUCGCCCGCGUCGUCUCCGUUUCCAUGAAGAGAGCUGAUUUAGCCGAAACCGGCCCCUUUCUCCUCAUCGCACUCCAGACUGGAUUGAAUAAAUUCACGACCGGGACCGCGUGGUUGGCACGCCGGGAGGCGUGGCCGCCAAGGCGGAAGCCCCGCCCACCGCCAUAGAGGCGGGAGGACCGGAGCGGACAGAUCGUCUCGGAGCGCGACCGCUCUAGCCGCCGCCACAGAGUCCCGUCAGCCGCAGGCCUCGCACAGCGCCUUCCCGGAGCGGCCCGGGCCCGAGGGCGAGCGGGGACCCCAGCGGCCCCGCGGCGGCAGCGAGGGGGACGGGCGGGACCCCAGCGGCCCCGCGGCGGCGGCGGCGGCGGCGGCGAGAGGGGCAGGGGGAACCCCAGCGGUAGUGGUGCUGCCGCCGCGGCGGAGGCGCCCUCCGAGCGGGCGGACGGCCCCGACCUUUCACCCCAGCCGUGACCUUCGACCCCGGCGCCGCCCACCCGCGACCAUGGAGGAAGGCGCCGCGUCCACGGAGGAGAAGAGGAGGCGAUUCACCGUGCGGCCGGAGGCCCCCGACGCCCCGCCGGUGCCAUCGCUCUUCAGACCCUCCGCGGCCUCCGGACCCCCGGGGGGGGCACCGGCACCCGCCCUGCCGGGACCCCCCUCCUACGCCGAGUACGUCAUGAGGCAGGCGGCCGCCGGCGAGGCCGGGGCACCCGCCGGUGAGGCCAAGGCACCCGCCGGUGAGGCCAGGGCACCCACGGGUGAGGCCAGGGCACCCACGGGUGAGGCCAAGGCACCCACCGGCGAGGCCGGGGCACCCACGGGUGAGGCCAAGGCGCCCACGGGGCCCCCACCGGGCGCUGGCAGCGGUGGCAAUGGCGCUGGGGACGUGGCCCCCCUGCCCCCGCUCAAACCGGGCGCCAAGAGCAGCAGCAUCAUCGUCAGCCCGCGGCAGCGGGGGAACCCGCUGCUCAGGUUCGUGCGCAACGUGCCCUGGGAGUUCGGCGACGUCGUCCCCGACUACGUGCUGGGCCAGAGCACCUGCGCCCUCUUCUUGAGCCUGCGCUACCACAACCUCAACCCCGACUACAUCCACGAGCGUCUGCGUCGCCUGGGCAGGAGCUACGCGCUGCAGCUGCUGCUGCUGCAGGUGGACGUGAAGGACCCGCACCAGGCGCUGAAGGAGCUGGCCAAGAUGUGUCUCCUGGCCGACUGCACCCUCAUCUUGGCCUGGAGCGCCGAGGAGGCCGGGCGGUACCUGGAGACCUACAAGGCCUACGAGCAGAAGCCGGCCGACCUGCUCAAGGAGAGGGUGGAGCAGGGCUUCCUCUCCCGGAUGACGGACUGCCUGACCAGCGUCAAGUCGGUGAACAAGACGGACACGGCCAGCCUGCUCGCUGCCUUCGGGUCGCUGGCCGCCAUCGCGGGCGCCUCCCGGGAGGAUCUGUCCCUCUGCCCCGGCAUCGGGCCCCAGAAGGCCAAGCGGCUCUUCGACGUCCUGCACGAGCCCUUCCUGAAGGCCCCCAAGUGAGCGGGACCCCGCGGCGGAAACGCUUUUAUUUGGGAAAUAAACGGCGCCGAGCGGCACCAAACGGCA